AUGUCAUCGAACUCCAUCAAAUUACUAGCCUCCGACGUUCAUCGUGGACUUGCCGAACUCGUGGCUUCUCGUCUCGGUCUCAAGCUUACCCCCAGUGAGCUCAAACGUGACUCCACUGGCGAGGUGACCUUCAGUAUUGGAGAGAGUGUCAGAGAUGAAGACAUUUUCAUCAUCUGUCAAAUUGGCUCCGGUGUGGUCAAUGACCGUGUGUUGGAGCUUUUGAUUAUGAUCAAUGCCUGUAAAACCGCCAGUGCUCGUCGUAUCACUGUGAUUUUGCCUAACUUCCCCUACGCCAGACAAGACAGAAAGGAUAAGAGUAGAGCACCAAUUACUGCCAAGCUUAUGGCUGAUAUGUUGACCACUGCUGGAUGUAACCAUGUCAUUACCAUGGACUUGCACGCCUCGCAAAUCCAGGGUUUCUUCGAUGUUCCAGUCGACAACUUGUACGCUGAGCCCAGUGUGGUGAGAUACAUCCGUGAGCAUGUUAGCUACAAGGAAGCCAUUAUCAUUUCUCCAGACGCUGGUGGAGCCAAGAGAGCUGCCGGAUUAGCUGACCGUCUUGACUUGAACUUUGCUUUGAUUCACAAGGAGAGAGCCAGAGCUAAUGAGGUGUCAAGAAUGGUGUUGGUCGGUGACGUUACGGAUAAGAUCUGUAUCAUUGUGGACGACAUGGCUGACACUUGCGGUACUUUGGCCAAGGCCGCCGAGGUGUUGUUGGACAACAAUGCCAAGGAGGUGAUUGCCAUUGUCACCCAUGGUAUCUUGUCUGGAAAUGCCAUCAAGAAUAUCAACAACUCCAAGCUCAAAGCCAUUGUAUGCACCAACACCGUUCCUUUCGAGGAGAAGCUCGAUCUCUGUCCAAAGCUAGAUACCAUUGACAUCUCUGGUGUGUUGGCCGAGGCCAUCAGAAGACUUCACAACGGUGAGAGUAUCUCAUACUUGUUCAAGAACGCACCAUUAUAG